AAAUAUAAAAGCUGUAUAUGAAGAGGGAAUUAAUAUUCAGAUUUCAAUUCAUUUUAAAAUGAUUUUUGUGUGGCACAGAAAGUUGCAUCCAUCAAUGAAAAUACAAUAGGUGUACAAGUACCAAGUAUAUGAUAGUGUAGGACCUAAUUGAUUAUUUCUUUCAAAUUCCCUGAUGAAGAGGAAACAAUACUAACCAUGAAGCGUGCAGGCUUGUUAUAAAUGCUCUCUACUUGAACUGUUGUUGAUGAGACUAAUGUUUUUCAUACGGCUUUCCUUUCUUUUUUUUUUGAGAAAAUAAGAAUUCAUACGGCUUUCUUCUUCUCUUGUCUCAUUCCAUAAUCAAUUUUGAUUUAUCAUUCACACAUUACCUUUUAGUUCCGUCGACAGAAUUUCAAAUUUAAUCAAGAAAAAAAAAAUAAAAUAAAUAAAGUUUAAAUAAUAAUUUCAGAACUUGCCAAAGAAAAAUUAUUAACAACUCUUCGAGAAACUUAGAGAGUUCUGAAGAACUACUUUGGUUUGCUUUGUGGAAUGUAACAGCAGUUUUCACCCAUUUCCCCACAUACCUGUCAAAUUGGUUUAAAGCUGACCAAACUGUAUCCAUACCAGUUUAUUUAGUUACAUAUGUUAGUAAAUGUAAAGAAGAGUAGUGAAAACAGACAGAAAUGAAUUCGAACAAACACUAAGAGUGUAAAACCGUAUAGACCCAAAUGUAUAUAGCAUGGCCUAAAUUAAACUAAACCACUCAAUCAAGGCAUUGCCAAAACUCAAAUAUCUAAGAAAAUUACAGGCUUCCCUUAGCCAUAUGUCAUUGCCUUUACCGAAACUAAACUGAUGUAUCACAAAGUCUUGUUUGGUUUUGGUCCCAUUACUACAAAGAUAUAGAAUAUGAAAAUACUUGGAGCUAAGGGACAGCUGCUCAUAACUAUUUACUCUUUGACGUUAACACUUUUAAAUCCCUUCACUUAUUUAUACGUACUCUUCUUGUUCACCAUAACCUUCAUCUCAAUCUUUCUUCAAACAAACAAAAAACACUUUACAUACAUAUCCACAAAACAAUUCCGUAUAGAAAGAAUGCGUGAUACAACAUGUCUCGAGCGACUCAGCCUGGCUUUGAGAACCGCCUUGGCUUGUCUCAUCGUGAGCUUGACCACUUUGUACGGUCCCAAACCACUAAAAAACUUGGCAACGUUUCCAGCCUUCUCUUAUCUAACCACAAUCUUAAUCUGGCUAUCCGAUGCCGAACCAACAUACGGUGAAGUCCUCAAAUGUUGUGUUGACGUCUCUUACGCCACUUUUCAGACAGCAGCCAUUGUGCUUGUGAGUGUCUUGGUGGUUGGACCAGCCUCCCUAGGGAUUAGCUUGGUGGCUCCAGUUGCUGUGGCUGUAGCUUCAUUCAUCGUGGCUUUCCCAGCGUCCACGAGUCUUUUAACCAAACGAAUUGCCUUUGGGCAGAUCGUUCUUGUCUAUGUAACCUUUGCUGUGUUCAAUGGAGAGGUUGCUCAUGUUUUCAUGCUCCCCGUUCAUGUGGCGGCUAGUACAGCACUUGGAGCCAUUGCUUCUCUACUCGCCGUGCUUCUCCCGUUUCCAAGACUGGCUCAUAGUCAGAUGACCAAGGGUUGUAAAUUAUACGCUGAAAAUGCUCUUGAGAGGUUGAAUUUGUUCGUCGAGGUCAUUAUGGCUCGAGACAACACCACAGCUCAGGUGUUGAUUGCAAAGGCCGCUUCAUUGUCUUCAGCAGCUAGACACACACUCAAGAGCAUCAAAAUCCACCAUGAGCGUCUUGCAUGGGAGAGACCAGAUACAAGAUUCUUGAAAAAGAAGCAAAAUCAUCAAGGGGAGAAACUACAAGCCACGGAGUUUCUGAUGAGAGGGAUGGAGAUAGCGCUGGGAUCUUGCAGUUCUUUUCCUCUAGGCAUGAGCCGCGACGAACUGACAAAUCUUCUAGAGGCUCCUAGAGCACAUAUCGCUCAUGAGUCAGCACCAACUCUCAAGCCAGAGGACAAGCUAACAUGGCUUCCUGAAGCUGGUUCUCUAUCUACAACAUCUUUACCCGUUUACUUCUUCAGAUACUGCGUGGAGCUCUUCAGAGGCGACGUCUCAUCUGUGAGACAAGACAGUAAACGUGUAGAUGAGCUGUCCACGUCCAAAACGGUUUUGGAUGUUCUCAGUGUCUGGAUGGCUAGAGAGAGGUUUGUUUUUGCGUUCAAAUGCUCAAUCUCUCUAGGCCUUGCGGUGCUGUUUGGUAUACUCUACAACAAAAAAAACGGGUACUGGUCCGGUCUAACCGUAGCCAUCAGUCUUGUAUCCGGCAGGCAAGCGACGUUAACAGUAGCGAACUCUCGCUUACAAGGAACAGCGAUGGGAUCAGUCUACGGUCUGUUAUGCUGCGCUGUUUUCCAAAGACUAGAAGAGUUCAGGUUCUUGCCUCUCCUCCCUUGGAUAGCCAUCACCGUCUUCAUGAGGCACAGCAAAGUCUAUGGCCAGCCUGGAGGAGUUACAUCCGCCAUUGCAGCGUUGCUGAUACUUGGAAGGAGAAACUAUGGAGCUCCUACUGAUUUUGCUAUUACUAGAAUCGUUGAAGCUUCGAUAGGGCUGCUUUGUUUCGUCCUUGGGGAGGUUCUUGUCACUCCUGCGAGAGCGUCAACUCUCGCAAGAGCUGAACUUAAACACUGCCUCGACGCGGUCUUAGACUGUAUUGGAUCAUUGGUUCUUUGCUCUGAGCAAAAGAACAUGCCGUUGUCGGAUUUGAGAAGCAAGCAGGAGAAACUCAACUCUCACGUUGAAGCAUUGGAGAGGCUUACAUCAGAAGCAUUGAGAGAGCCUAAUGUUCCAUUCCUCAAACCUCUCAAGGCGGUUAGUUACAAGAAGGUUUUGGUUUCUCUCUCGAAGGUUUCUGAUCUCUGUCUCUAUGUUUGUGAUGGUCUCACAAACCUAUCUGGAGCUCAUCCUUGGGACCAAGCCAUCACUCAUGAUCUUAAAGCCUUCCAAGAAAAGCUUCACUCUUCGGUGAAAUGCUUAGAAGAGAUGGCAUGUACCAAGACUCAAGCAAGACUACAAAAAGAGUUACAGAAGAGAAAGAUAUGCCAUGAUGUUGAAGCAGGAACAGCAUCGAACGACAACUAUUCAAACAUGGAGAUGGGUCCAAGCCAAGAUGAUGCAGAGAGGUUUUCGGUUUCUUUUGUAAAGCUACUGAAGGAAGUAACAGAGAAGACAAGUGGUAGCACAGCUGAAGAGGUGGUGAAGAGUGAAACUACUCUGUGUCUGAGCAGUCUAGGUUUUUGCAUCAGCAGAUUGAUGCAAGAAACAGUAUGUAUUAUGACAGAAAUAACUCAUACAACUUGAUUUUAUUUAUUACGUUUAGUAAACUAUAGCAUCAUGUAAGAAAGAUCAGGUGAUUUGGAUGUACAAAAUCAAUAUAAGCCAGAGAGAUAUUUAUAG